GUUCCCUGGAGAUGAUGACGCUAAUAACCGCGGUCUACUCGCCCCCUUUGGCUCCACAACAGCCGCUGAACUCUGGGGCCUUCUUUCCUAGCCUCCAGUUGUUGGGCUGUGCAAUGGAAGUAAUGAGUCUUCCGCAAGUUGCUGCAAAGUCCCUAACACGGCCUCUCAGCACUUCACUGCCAGCUUUAAGCCUUACUCCUGUGUCCUCAGCGGCCUGGCAUGGGAGGUGGAGAGAGAGGCAGGGGGCAGCCCCCGCUGUAGCCGGCUGUGGGGCGUCCACACCCGGCCUUCAUCAAAGCUUUGGAUAACAGUGCCUUGGGGGAGUAUGAAUGGGGCGCCUCGGUUUCCAGUCGGGUUCAGAAGCGUCUCCACUUUUUUCUCACUGUAGCUGCAAGGCACAAAAACAUUUUUCUUCGAGUGCUGCGGAGACUGAGGAGCGGGGUGGGUUUUGCUCUGUUUUUAACCUCGAACCCAGAAUCUGUGGAACACAGCCUGGGUCCUGGCGGGUAGCAGUUCCGGAGACGCCCGUGGGCAUUUCAGAAUUGCUGCAUUAACGCGAAUACGGGCGUGUAUCGUGGGCGUCCCCACCACGCCUGCGGGGGCCCCACCUGCGAGGGGGCGGGACCUGCGGCGCCGGACCAAUCAGCACCCACCUGCGCUCACCUGGCCCCCACCCCCACCCCGCUAGCGCCAGCGGGCAGAGGCGCUCAAAGGCACCGGGAAAGCUUGGCGAACCACUGUCCCGGGGAGGCUGCUGCUUCUUCGUCCUUCGUUCUCCAGCUAUGGAGCUCCCUAGUGGGCUUCUCGCAUCCCUUCUCCUCGUCCUCCUCUUUAAGGCGCAGGUUUGCUGGCUGCCUUGCGUGGCCUCCGAGCCGUGCGGGGCGGGCUUCGGGGAAGCUGAAGUGACGCUGGUGGCUGGAGGCGCCAAGGUGGAUCUGGGCCAGGCGCAGAGCAAAGUGAUUUGCGUGGACUGCCCUGGGGAAGAGUCAGCCCUGCCUGGCACUGAUGGUGAUUUCACCGGGCAGAAUGAUAGAACAGUUCAGGACCGGAAAGCACCGAAGAUCUCCCCAUCCAGCCGCGUCCUGCGAAGACACAAGAGAGAAUGGGUGGUUCCACCAAUAUCUGUCGCUGAGAAUGGCAAGGGCCCUUUCCCUCAGAGGCUGAAUCAGCUCAAAUCUAAUAAGGACAGAGGUACCAAGAUUUUCUACAGCAUCACAGGGCCUGGAGCAGACAGUCCCCCCGAGGGUAUCUUCGCUAUAGAGAAGGAAACAGGCUGGUUGUUGUUGAAUAAGCCACUGGACCGGGAGAAAAUUGCGAAGUAUGAGCUCUUUGGCCACGCCGUAUCAGAGAAUGGUGCCUCAGUGGAAGACCCCAUGAACAUUUCCAUCAUUGUCACAGACCAGAACGACCACAAGCCCAAGUUCACCCAGGAUGUUUUCAGAGGGAGUGUCUUGGAAGGGGUAUUACCUGGCACUUCUGUGAUGCAGGUGACAGCCACAGAUGAGGACGAUGCUAUCAACACGUACAAUGGGGUGGUUGCUUACUCUAUCCAUAGCCAAGAGCCAAAGGAUCCGCAUGACCUCAUGUUCACUGUCCACCGGAGCACGGGCACCAUCAGCGUCAUCUCCAGUGGCCUGGACCGGGAGAGAGUCCCCGAGUACACACUGACCAUUCAGGCGACAGACAUGGACGGGGAUGGGUCUACCACCACUGCAGUGGCCAUAAUCGAAAUCCUUGAUGCCAAUGACAACGCUCCCGUGUUUGAGCCUCAGAAGUACGAGGCCCGAGUACCUGAGAACGCGGUGGGCCAGGAGGUGCAGAGGCUGACGGUGACUGACCUGGAUGCCCCUAGCUCGCCGGCAUGGCGCGCCACCUACCGCAUCCUAGACGGCGACGAAGGGGGCCAUUUUGCCAUCACCACCCACCCCGAGAGCAACCAGGGCAUCCUGACGACCAAAAAGGGCUUAGACUUCGAGGCCAAAAACCAGCAUGUCCUGUACGUUGAAGUGACCAAUGAGGCUCCCUUUGUGGUGAAGCUCCCAACCUCCACAGCCACCGUAGUGGUCCACGUGGACGAUGUGAAUGAGGCACCUGUGUUUGUCCCACCCUCCAAAGUCAUUGAGGUCCAGGAGGGCAUCUCUGUCGGGGAGCCUGUGUGCACCUACACAGCACAGGAUCCUGACCAGGGGGAUCAGAAGAUCAGCUACCACAUCCUGAGAGAGCCAGCAGGGUGGCUAGCAAUGGACCCAGACAGUGGGCAGGUCACCGCCACAGGGGUCUUAGACCGUGAGGAUGAACAGUUCGUGAAGAACAAUGUCUAUGAAGUUCUGGUCUUGGCCACAGACGACGGGAACCCUCCCACCACUGGCACUGGGACCCUCCUGCUAACUCUGAUGGACAUCAACGACCACGGCCCCAUCCCCGAGCCCCGUCACAUCACCAUCUGCAACCAAAGCCCGGUGGCCCAAGUGCUGAACAUCACAGACAAGGACCUGUCCCCCCACACCUCCCCUUUCCAGGCCCAGCUCACACAUGACUCGGACAUCUACUGGACAGCAGAGGUCAACGAGAAAGGAAACACAGUGGCCUUGUCCUUGAAGAAGUUCCUCAAGCAAGACAUCUACGAUGUACACCUUUCUCUGACUGACCGUGGCAACAAUGAACAGCUGACAGUGAUCAAGGCCACCGUGUGUGACUGCCAUGGCCAUGUGAAUACCUGCCCCGACCCCUGGAAGGGUGGCUUCCUCCUCCCAAUCCUGGGGGCUGUCCUGGCUCUCUUGCUCCUCCUGCUGGUGCUCCUCUUGCUGGUGAGGAGGAAGAGGAAGGUGAAGGAGCCCCUUCUGCUCCCAGAAGAUGACACCCGUGACAAUGUCUUCUACUAUGGUGAAGAGGGAGGUGGUGAGGAAGACCAGGACUAUGACAUCACCCAACUGCACCGGGGUCUGGAGGCCCGUCCUGAGGUGAUUCUCCGCAAUGAUGUGGCGCCAACCUUCAUUCCCACACCCAUGUACCGUCCGCGUCCAGCCAACCCAGAUGAGAUUGGGAACUUCAUCAUCGAGAACCUGAAGGCGGCCAACACAGACCCCACGGCCCCGCCCUACGACUCCCUGUUGGUGUUUGACUACGAGGGCAGCGGCUCUGACGCCGCCUCCCUGAGCUCCCUCACCUCCUCAGCCUCUGACCAGGACCAAGACUAUGACUAUCUGAACGAGUGGGGCAGCCGCUUCAAGAAGCUGGCGGACAUGUACGGCGGCGGCCAGGACGACUAGGCCGCCUGCCCGCAGGACCAGGGACUCAAGGUUGGGCCGCAGCGGCUUCUCCAAAGGAGCUUCAGCCCUCCCCUCAUCCAAGGACUUGGGAGCCUGUCAAGAAGUGGCCUUAGCGACUCGGAGGAGAGAGGCCCUCACAUCUGACACGAAGGGCUGGUUUCUAAGCCUUUCAGAAUGGAGGGAUUUGGGCAGUUUGAUUUCACCUCCGGAAACCUCUAGACUAGGCCAGGGUUGCCUCCGAGGCCAAAUUUCUGGGAGUCUGUCACCUGCCAUAAAUGUCCGGACCGACUCUGACCAUCCCCCAUGCCCCCAAACCCUCCAGUGAAGAGGUUCUCUCUGGAAUGGACCCUUCUCCCUAGAAUGAGUCCUCUUACCGCAACCUGGGUUGUUUUUUUUUAAAUGCCGUCCUCAAAAAGUUAGAGGCGGAUUCUCAGCAGUCCCUCGGAUUGCUCCGGACGCCCCAGCCGGAGCUGCUCGGCUCCUGUGCCCCCGCCACUUCUCUCUCCUCUCCAAGCAACAAGAUCUAUUGGAAUGGAUUCCUGCGUUUUUAUACUGAGCGUGACUAUGUUGUCCUUUGUUUUUUAUUUUCCCUAUUGAGUGCUGUAGAUAAAGGGUGAUGACAAUCGUAUAAAUGUACUACAACUUUUUUAUUAAAGGAAUUUUUCCCAGA